GUUCCAAGAGGGCGGGGCUGCGUCCCGAAACGGAAGGUGGUUGUCGUCGGUGCCCAAGCUGGUUUGAAACUAGGGGUCGGGCUCGGUCGUCGUCGUUGUUUGUCGCCGCAUCCCCGCUUCCGGGGUAGGCCGUUCCUGCCCGCUCCCGCCCCUCCUCCCUUUGGACUCUUAGAUCUCAGGCCCGGCUCCCCGCCCGACUCGCACCCCGCCCGUCGCAGCCCACUGUUGACCCGGCCCGUACUGCGGCGCCGCCGCCACCAUGUCCCUGCACGGCAAACGGAAGGAGAUCUACAAGUAUGAAGCGCCCUGGACGGUCUACGCGAUGAACUGGAGUGUGCGGCCCGAUAAGCGCUUUCGCUUGGCGCUGGGCAGCUUCGUGGAGGAGUACAACAACAAGGUUCAGCUUGUUGGUUUAGAUGAGGAGAGUUCAGAGUUUAUUUGCAGAAACACCUUUGACCACCCGUACCCCACCACAAAGCUCAUGUGGAUCCCUGAUACAAAAGGCGUCUAUCCAGACCUACUGGCAACAAGCGGCGACUAUCUCCGUGUGUGGAGGGUUGGUGAAACAGAGACCAGGCUGGAGUGUUUGCUAAACAAUAAUAAGAACUCUGAUUUCUGUGCUCCCCUGACCUCCUUUGACUGGAAUGAGGUGGAUCCUUAUCUUUUAGGUACCUCAAGCAUUGAUACAACGUGCACCAUCUGGGGGCUGGAGACAGGGCAGGUGUUAGGGCGAGUGAAUCUUGUGUCUGGCCACGUGAAGACCCAACUGAUCGCCCAUGACAAAGAGGUCUAUGAUAUUGCAUUUAGCCGGGCCGGGGGUGGCAGGGACAUGUUUGCCUCUGUGGGUGCUGAUGGCUCCGUGCGGAUGUUUGACCUCCGCCAUCUAGAACACAGCACCAUCAUUUACGAAGACCCACAGCAUCACCCGCUGCUUCGCCUCUGCUGGAACAAGCAGGACCCUAACUACCUGGCCACCAUGGCCAUGGAUGGAAUGGAGGUGGUGAUUCUAGAUGUCCGGGUUCCCUGCACACCUGUCGCCAGGUUAAACAACCAUCGAGCAUGUGUCAACGGCAUUGCUUGGGCCCCACAUUCAUCCUGCCACAUCUGCACUGCAGCGGAUGACCACCAGGCUCUCAUCUGGGACAUCCAGCAAAUGCCCCGAGCCAUCGAGGACCCUAUCCUGGCCUACACAGCUGAAGGAGAGAUCAACAAUGUGCAGUGGGCAUCAACUCAGCCCGACUGGAUCGCCAUCUGCUACAACAACUGCCUGGAGAUACUCAGAGUGUAGUGUUGGUGGCACUAUGCCCACGAGGCAGGGGCUUUUGUGUUUCCUGCCUCUGCCCCACCCCCAAAGUAAGAAGAAACAUGUUUCCAGUGGCCAGUAUGUCUUUCAUUGCUUUGCACCCACUGUUACCAGAAGCUGCUCUAGGAGUUCCUGGCCAGUCACCCCAUCGCCCUCUGUGGCAGACUCAGUGCUGUGUGGCGCCUCCUCAGCCCAGGGCUGAGUUUUAAGAUUUUCUCUCCUUUCCUCUUCUUCUUUGGUUCCUCAAUUAAAGAUGUGUGUAUAUUUGUUUGUCAGGCAUUGUGUUGAGGAGCAGUUCACGCACUGGCUGUGUCUAUUCCUCUGCCCAGAUGUCUCUGUCUGUUUGCUGCCCAAGGCAGCAGCCCACGUCUCGUCCAUGUCCAUGUUCAUUUAGCACUUACGUGGGAACAAAUACCAAUUUGUCUUUUCUCCUAGUGUCAGUGUGUUUAACAAAUUUUAACUUUGUAUAUUUGUUACCUAUCAGGCUAAUUUUUUUAUGAGAAGAAUUUUAAUCUCCUGGCUCAUUUCUUUGUCUUACAGUCCUCCCUCUUUGCACCUUCUUCUCUUCCCUCAGUGCCUGGAGCUGGUACUGGGCCCCUGGCCCCAUGAGCAGUUUGCCUUCUUGAGUCACUGCCUGAGUAAUACAUACCUGACCAGGAGUCCAAACCACCUUGGUGCUCUGAAGUCCACUGACUCAUCACACCUUUCUUAGCCUGGCUUCUCUCAAGGGCAUUCUGAGCUUCGAAACAGACAUAGGAAGCCUGUGUUUACCCUGAGGCACCACUGUCCAGCCCCAGUGGUUCCCACGGGGAGCAUGGUAGAGCUGAGAGAGACAGGCUCUCAGGGUACCUGACUUGAGGGAAAUUGUUUCAGGAAGCUAACUUCAAGCAUAUUUCCAGUACAUUCUUGCAGAGUCUGUUUUUCCCUCCAAAUAUAAGCCCCAGGCCAUUUCACUUAGUGUCUUUUCAAUGAUAGGCAAGAAUGAUAUCUGAGUUGAACUUCGGUGCUUCUGUUGGUUGAGUUUAUGUGCCUGGUGGUAUAUUGGGCACUCUUUGGAUUGAGUGCUCUGAGGUGAGAGAGUCUUCCUGAGAGGCAUCCUGCCUGUGCUUCCAACCCUGAACAAGACCUCACAUAAGAGAUGGACUCAUCAACUGUGGCAAUCCCUGGCUGUCAGGUGGAUAGAUAGCUAAAAAGCAUUAUACUGUGGGUAAUGAAAAGAGAGGAGAAAAAAAAAAAAAAGAAGGAAAAGGAAUUAUAGACCCCCAGGGUUAGCCAGUUAAGAGCUCUGCCCACACCUGCCAAUCCCUCUCUCCCCCAGUUUAGGUUCUGAGCAGUAUUGGACUUGUAGCCUGCAGUUGUCUUUUGACUUGCAGGCCGCAGGUGUCCUUCCGUUACGUGAACGAGUUCCAUGGAGGAGCAAGUGUGUGAUUCCACUGUUAGAUGAACCCUUGGGGCAGGCAGUUUGGGACGUGCUGGGGGGUGGGGUGGGGGGGGAAGAAGUUGGCUGGUUCCUUGUGCUCUGCUCCAACCUGGAGGUUUUUAAGUCCCUCUGAAUUGCUCAUCUGAGAUUAGUAGAGUAGCAGGCCUGAAGGAGACGAUUUUGUCCUCUUUGGCUCUCACCUGCCUGAGAAGCAAAACAGUGAACUUUGUUCUUCUGGGCCCUUAAGCUUUUUUGGUUAAGUCUUCCUUUUCAGAAGUAGAUGUCAUUAUAUGCCAAAAGUCUAGCUGUUUGCUUUACCAUACAGGGACCUGUCCCAAGAAAAAGGCUCUUUUUUAGGCAGGGUAUUUCCCCUUCUACCUUUUUACUUUGUUGUUCUGAUUUUAGGACUCUGGCUGGCCAUGUGCUUGCAGUUGCCUCUCCUGUAUUUGCCACUGGAUUUGCACUGCAUCAUUUGGAGAUAUAAAGCAAGCAGUUCUUGGUCAGAACCCUCCUCUGCUUUUCAUGUGUUUGAUAAUGGUCACUGGGUCCUCUCAGUAGCAAGGCCAAGCUGAUGGCUGCUUGUUUAGGAGGCCAUCAGUUCCUUCUUGUGGAGAAGGGUCUGAAAUGGAAGUCAGUGGUAGAAGGGGCUGGUCUGCCAGGCAGGGCUUACAUCCACUGAGUUCUAAGAUUCCUUUCCUGAUCUACACCUAAGCUUGGUCUGUAUGGUGGAAUUUGUCAGCUGGAACUCAGAAACAACAACUUGAAAAAAA